CACUGCUGCUCUUCUCCCAAAUUAUUUCAUUUCCUCACCGAGCGAGACACACACAAAUGUGGUACUUGUUACGUUUGUAGCGGGUCAGGUUCAAUCUGUUGGGAAAACAAAAUUUUCACUGACGUUUUAUUGAAAGCUUAUCUGUAGCAAGGCGCUUCAAGUGCACUGGAGUAUUACAAUGGAUGUUGCCAGUUUUGCUAAUGAAGUAGCUGUUAGUAGCUAACCUAGUUCAUAUGUUAGCGUAUAGAAGAGGAAAGCUAGUUCACUUGUCUGUUUUAAUCCAUGGGAAACCCGCACGAAUAUUAGCAAAUUCGAUGUGAUUACAUAAACCCCCGGAAUCAGAUGCUCUGCUUUGAUCCUGUCCGUUAGCUAGUAGCUAGCUAUAUCUCACAAAAACUUCAGCAAUGGAAGAAGUUGACAACAUCUUGAUUCACUCCCUCAAACAAGUCGGCACAGAGGUUAGUGAGGAGAUUGACAGCGUCAAACAGUUCAGCAGCGAGCUGAUUGUCGAGGCUGUGGUCAGAUGUAUCCGGGUGAUUGAUUCAGGCCUGGGCAGCGCGCUGCCCACCUCCCUUCCUCCAGGCAUGUCUGCCCGUUUCAGAGUGGGCAUGAGUCUGGCGCAGGCUUGUCAGGACAUUGGUUAUAAAGGAGAAAUAGGCUACCAGACUUUUCUGUACAGCAAUGAGCCAGAGAUCCGUUCUCUGCUAAUGUUCCUGGUGGAGAAGCUGCCCAGAGAACGUGCGGAGGCCUCAGACCAGCCAACAGGUAAAUCAGUGGUCCUCCAGAGAGCCAUUGCUGCUGCUAUCAAAGCCCAGCUUGCUGUGCCCUGGUUGCCCUCAAACUGCAGACUGCCACUGCACAGUGAAACACAAAGUCCAGGAGCAUUGCACAGCUUCCACGUGCAGCAGCUCAGUUUACCACACUGCACUAAAGGUCCAGGAAAGACGCAGCUGAAAGAGGUGAAGGACUACCAGCGGGACAUUCUUCCUCCUGUGACCGCACAACCUUCCCAUCAUACCUCUAUGGUGGCAUCCAUACUGGAACAGCACACAGCUGAACUGAGUGCUGCUCAGGAGUGGGACAACGAGUGGAACAGUCAUGGACUCAUGUCCCGCCUCACACCACAGGAGUUUCGCUGCAGGAAACUGACCCGAUUGCGUAAACGCAUUGUGGAGCAGCUGCAUUCUGCUGCACUGCCCUCUCCUGAAAGUGCCUUUGGAGGUCCUUGCUCCACCUCUGAUCUGUCUGAGCUGCUGCAGGCCUUCAGAUGCACCACCCCCUCUGACCACAUGCUGACCAAGGGCACCCACUUCACCCACACCCAAAAGUUUACCUUCACACAGAAGGCAGCAGCGGUGACCAUCCCCAGUGGGCACCAGUCAGAGAGUGAUAUACAGCUCCGUCAGCAGGAGGAGCUGACUGCAAUCCAGCAGCAGUUCCAACAGCUCAGCAGUGAUGUUGUCCAGCUGGCAGAAGAUGUGAAGCACAUGAGUGUCACUUAUACACAGGUGUUGGAUGAGUUGAAGCAGAGAGAGCUGGGGAACACUGAAAAAGAGGAGAAGAUGCAGGUAAAGAAGAAAACGAUCAACCUUUUGCCAGAUGCUGACAACAACCUGCUGAAGCUUCAGGUUCUGGUGGAGGCCAGUGCCAAGCGUGUGGUGAACCUGGCCUCUCAGUGGGAGAAACACCGUGCUCCACUCAUUGAUGAACACCGUAGACUCAAAGAAAUCUGUAGCAACCAAGAUCUGGAGUCAUCCAGAAGGCUGUCUGAAAUCAAGUCUUUGCAUGACAAAAUACGCAUGUCUACAGAGGAGGCCAAGAAGAAGGAAGAAAUAUACAAACAACUGGCAACGGAGUUAGAAAAUCUUCCACAGGAUGUGUCUCGGUCAGCAUACACUCAGAGGAUUCUAGAGAUUGUCAGCAACAUCAAGAAACAGAAGGAGGAAAUUACAAAGAUUUUGUCAGAUACUAAGGAGCUCCAGAAAGAGAUUAAUAACUUGACAGGAAAGCUGGACAGGACCUUCGCUGUGACUGAUGAGCUCGUCUUCAAGGACGCCAAAAAAGAUGAAUCGGUACGCAAAUCCUAUAAGUACCUGGCUGCCCUGCAUGAGAACUGUAAUCAGUUGAUCCAAACCAUUGAGGACACCGGUACAAUCUUGAGAGAGAUUCGCGAUCUAGAGGAGCAGAUUGAGACAGAAAACGGAAACAAAACUGUGGCUAACCUGGAGAGGAUUCUGGAUGACUACAAAGCUAUUCGACAGGAGAACUCUGCACUCGCUGCCAAAGUCAGAGAGGGCUAAAGGAAGCCCUGGUUUCCUCCACGCUGCCUGCUGAGGCUGAAGUUGUAGUAAAAAAAAGUGGAGCCAUAGACGACUUGAAUGGGACUGAAACGGAAUUCAAUUUUUUUCACUGAUAGCACUGCUGUUAAUCAAUCCCACCUUCUGUUGCCAUUGGAGACCUGUUUUUCCUUUGAAAGGCAAGCUGAUUUUUGUACUGUGGAAUUAAACUGACGUUUUAAUACACAACCUGUGGAUGGAUAAUUUAUGACAACUACUUUGUCAUUUCAAACUGAUUUCCACAGCAAGGCAUGCUGUCUGAGGGUCUGUGGUGGUUAUUUGCCCUGUACCCAAAUGAAACAUAACACUGGACAGCAGAGGGUGCUGUCAGUUCUUUUCUCAUCAAAUGUAAACUCAUUCAUAUUGAUGUAUAAGAUGCUUUUGUAAGAUAUCUUGAUUAAAAUCUUUAUCUUUGAAUUUUUAAUACAGGAAUUAUUCCACCAUUCCAGACAUUAGCCAUUCCCCUGUUCUAAUGAUCUUAUUUGAAUUGAUUAUGUUGAGUGAAUGGCAUUUCAAUGUUUUCCAGCCACAUCAGCAAAGAAUUGUUGUACAUAUGGUACCGGCUUAAAUAAAGAUGCCUUACAAACUU